AUUUCCUUUAACUCCCACUACAUUUCCACCACCUGGUCAAACCAGGUAUCUACUACAGUUUCAAUAGCACAACCCUCUAGUAUAAGUGGUAGAGGCUUGGAGUGAUAUAAGAAUAGUAGUACAUACUUGGCACAACCUUCCAGUGGCAGCGGUAGGGGGGGUAACAGUGUGCUGCAUGCGUUUAGAAUAUGUGAUUAAAAUGUAUGUGAUAUACACAGUAUCUGUAAUUUGUUCCUCAAGCAUAAAUGCAGAGACGUGAGGCUACAUGGGCUAAAUCUAAUUUUGCAAAGCAAAUUAAAGUAAAAAAAAAAAAGAGAGAGUAUACACAAUUUUGCUAGUAAAGGGGUUAAUGCACACAAAUACUUGAUUUCUUCACAAUCACCAUGAAACCUGAUGGUCGUAUAUCUUACAUAUUAUGCAAAUAUUGUCUGUUUUUCUAAGUAUAGCAAACAAUAAUUUAUUGUGAUCGAUUUCCUUUAACUACAAGUAUCUUAUCCUUCAGGUGUAUUUGUCUGGAGAGGUGACAAGAACAGAAAUACAUGAAGCAAGGCGAUGAAGAAAUAUUUUAAUAACAGAACCAAGGAGUCUAACUCUGAAAAAUCAAGCAUUUUCUCAGAUUCCUAUAUGUUCUCAAAUCCCAAACCUUUCUCGUGUUCUGAAGGUGGAAAAUGUUUUGGGCGACAUUCAAAUCUUGUCAAUCAUCAGACUACACACACAGGAAAGAAACCGUUCUCAUGUUCUGAAUGUGGAAAAUGUUAUAGGCGACAUUUACAUCUUGUCUGUCAUCAGAGAACACACACAGGAGAGAAGCUUUUCUUAUGUAGUAUAUGUGGGAAAUGUUUUGUCAUCAAAAAGCAGCUUGUUCGUCAUCAGAGAACUCACCUAGGAGAGAAACCGUUCUCAUGUUCUGAAUGUGAAAAAUGUUUUGUCACAAAUGCAGAGCUUGUCAGUCAUCAGAGAACGCACACAGGAGAGAAACCGUUCUCAUGUUCUGAAUGUGAAAAAUGUUUUGGCAGAAAUGCAGAUCUUGUCAGUCAUCAGAGAACGCACACAGGAGAGAAACCGUUCUUAUGUUCUGAAUGUGGAAAAUAUUUUCGGCACCGUUCAACUCUUGUCAGUCAUCAGAGAACUCACACAGGAGAGAAAACAUUCUCAUGUUCCGUAUGUGGAGAUUGUUUUGGGCAAUAUUCAACUCUUGUCAAUCAUCAGCAAACUCACCUAGGAGAGAAACCGUUCUCAAGUUCUGAAUGUGAAAAAUGUUUUGUCAUAAAUAAUACAGAUCUUGUCAGUCAUCAGAGAACUCACACAGGAGAGAAACCAUUCUCAUGUUCUGAAUGUGAAAAAUGUUUUCGGCACCGUUCAACUCUUGUCAGUCAUCAGAGAACUCACACAGGAGAGAAACCAUUCUCAUGUUCUGAAUGUGGAAAAUGUUUUCGGCACCGUUCAACUCUUGUCAAUCAUCAGAGAACUCACACAGGAGAGAAACCAUUCUCAUGUUCCAUAUGUGGAAAUUGUUAUGGGCAAUAUUCAUAUCUUGUCACUCAUCAGAAAACUCACACAGGAGAGAAACCGUACUCAUGUUCUGAAUGUAAAAAAUGUUUUAGCACAAAUGCAGCGCUUGUUCGGCAUCAGCGAACUCACACAGGAGAGAAACCGUUCUCAUGUUCUGAAUGUGGAAAAUAUUUUGGGCAACAUUCACAUCUUGUCACUCAUCAGAAAACUCACACAGGAGAGAAACCGUACUCAUGUUCUGAAUGUAAAAAAUGUUUUGUCACAAAUGCAGAUCUUGUCAGUCAUCAGAGAACUCACACAGGAGAGAAGCCUUUUUUAUGUAGUAUAUGUGGGAAAUGUUUUGCUAGUAAAUCAGAGCUUGUCAGUCAUCAAAGAACUCACACAGGUGAGGUGAUUUUAUAAUGCAUGGAUUAUGGAUUAACAUAGGAAUAAAAUAUCUUGUAUUGUGAUUAUUUUUUUUUUGUUUUUAUCAUGCUCACACAAUAAAUAGUAACUUUGAUAGUAGCAGUCAAUGUACAUAUAUUGCAUUGGUAUUGUGGCACCCCCAUGCUAUCGUCCGUAUGUGCCUAACCUGCAUUGCUAACUCUGCUUCACUUGGUUGCAAACUCACCAGUAACCCAGUAUACAACCCAGUAUACAACCCAGUAUACAACCCAGUAUACAACCCAGUAUACAACCCAGGAUACAUUGUGGUUGUAUGUUCUGGCUGUUAUAAAGCAUACUAACUAGACUGUUCCACUGGUAAUACACUUCAAUGAAAAUGGUUGGUUGUUUAGCAUGACUUACAUUUGUAUGAUUCCAACCAAGACCUCAGCAAACACAAUAGACACAUGCUUCUUGAUGGCAACUUGUAGGAUCACUAUUUCUGAGCUCCAGCUUUUAUAAAAAAAAACUACAGCACACACAUGAAAUGUAUUUACAAAUUAUUUAUACCAAUAAAAAUAUGAACUGGGAUAGGAGACCAGAGAUCUGACUGAGGAAUAUAAAUUAGGCUAAGCUAAUUAUCCCCUGGGGUCCUUUAUUCUUAUCCCAGGACACAAUAACCUUGGACAUUCUAAGAGACAGGCUAGUUUCCCCAACCCCCAUGUUAAUACAGACUUCAAGCAACAGUUAUGUUUACUUCUAAUUUUCUAGGUUUUUAUUUUUCCUUAGGGCAUACAAUGCAGCUGAGAGUAUAACUAAUAAAUAUACCAAUUUUGUCAAAUACGGCAAUCAGACAUUCAUAAUUUGGAGUAAAAUUUCAGCCUUCUGAAAAACAUUUAAUGAGCUUUAAAAUAUCUGAUGUGUCGUAGGAUUUUAUCUUUGUAAGAUGAUUAUUAUUCUUGUAUUGGUUGCAAAUAAUAUCGUUUCAGACUUCUUUCACACACAGGAUCUGGUAGGCCCUACCUAGACAUCUAAUAUUAAUUAUCGGACAUAUGUCCAUUGUAUAUCAAUGGUCGACACAUAUGGUUUUUGUUCACAUAGAUUGAUGAAGGCCCGCUGUUGUUAUAACCUUUGACCCAGCCAGACUCCCAUGUGUAUUAAGAAGGGCCUCUUUCUGAAUGUAUUAAUUUUAACAUAUAUGUGUAAAUUAUAUGUGUAAUUUAUAUUUUACCGCCAAGUAUAACCAUUUUUUUUACAAAUACACAAGUCCUGCGCUCAAACUCCCAUUACUCUUGGGUGGCCAUAGUACACAUCAGCCCUAAUACAUACAGUAAAAAACAAAGAAAACAAGUUAACCAUUUUUAUAAUGUAUGGCUUUAAUCAUAGAUUGGACAGAAUGGUUAUUAAGCUUCAACCCUUUUUACACAUUUUUUUUUAAAGAAUUAAAUAACCGUAUCCUUAUGUGUACACCUCCUAAUUAACUGAUUUCUUAGACAUAGAAAAUAUUUUUGCAGAUAGAUAUUCACCACCAAUACUUAACAGCAAAAAUGGAUAUUAACUUUGUGACGAGCGCAAUCUCGCCACACUGCAUUGGAGAAACCUGGUUGCCCGCCUGCUGCCUUUUUAUGGACCGGCAGUGAAACAGUUAAUUUUACUGUGCAGAAAGGUUUAUUCAUGCCUUUCUGCACAACCGUUCGGCAGAUUCUAUUAGCCUCCCCAGAGCCGUGGGGAGCUGGCAGACGCUGUUAAUUGGCCGCCCAGAAGCUGGCAUGUGCAGUCAAUUGACCACCCAGUAGCUGCAGUUAACCACAGCUUAAUUGACUGUUACUGGGUGGCCGCGGUUACACUUAGCGGCCACUAGGUGGUGUUAUGGAGCUUCCCGGACGGCCAGCGGUGCUCAGCCCGGAAUCAGUGCACUAAAAGCGGACACUUUUACGUGCGGGCAUCGCUGAGCCAUUCGCCUCCUGGUUCUUAUUCGUGCAGAUUUAACCGAAUACAUGUUCAUUUGGUAGUUUGUAUAUGUGAAUGUGUUAACCCAGAUAGCUAUGCCAUGGAGCCUAUUCGUGUAAUUAAAGACUUUGGCUCCAUGGCAAUUGAACUGUGUGAAUAGGAUCUGAGCGCUAUUCGGUAGUUUUGUGCGCUCAGAUCCCAGCUAUCUGGGGAUAUGUGACAUGUCUGUGUUUUAUGUAUAAAAUGUAAUAUUAUAUGUUUUAAUGUAUUUCACUGUCUUUGUGUCCCCACAUGUAUACUGGAGUUUUGCCUCUGUCCUGGGAGAUAAUUGGAUUACUUCUCAAUUAUCUCCAGGAUAGAGGGAGGGAAAUUAGGAUGCAUUGUGGGGAUGUUUUUGCUUCUGUGUGUCUGAAUGUGAUACAUGUCUGUCUCUUGCCACAGUCUCCCAUCUGGUCCCCUAGGGGAGUGUCCACCAGGUGGGAGACCUGCAUAAAUACUGGGCGGGUAGCCCUGAAUAAACCAGACCACUGCUUGACCCUCAACACGGAGCUCUGUCUUGUCUUUGGGGGGGAUUUACUGUAUGCCGCUAGAGACUGAUUGCCAGGAGUGUAAGCUACUUGGGAGCUUUUCCUGUUCGUCUGCUAGCAGCUAUUCAUGAGGUUCCGGUUCGGGAGUUUAGAGUGCUACCUUAUUCCCUUGUAUCCAGUUCGGGAGUUUGGUGUUCUACAGUAGCUGCCUUUUUAUCUGAAAGGGGAAUAUAGCCUAAACGGAUUUUAACCCAUUGUCUGCUGAAACAGUCCGUUACAAACUUGAAGUGCAUACAUAUUACUGUAUUGGUACAGAUAUGUGCAAAGACUUUGUUAUUUUUGGAUGUCGUGUAUGUUUGAAUAA